GUCGCCGUUCCAGAAGGUCUCCCACUGGCUGUAACUCUUGCUCUGGCAUUCGCCACCAAGAGGAUGACGAAAGAAAACCUCCUGGUGCGCGUCUUGGGCUCCUGCGAGACGAUGGCCAACUCUUCCAUCAUCUGCACCGACAAGACCGGUACUCUCACCCGCAACGUCAUAUCCGUGGUCGCA